AUGUCGGAGAAAUCAUCCAAUCGUAAACGUAAGCGUAGUCGGAAUAGAAAUGACGACGAUGAUUCGGUACUAAAUACGAUAUUACGUAAAAUAAGGAAACUUGAGGAUAAAAUAGGGUCCACGUCGACAACGCCGCGCCCGCCUUCGCCAGUUUCAAAUGGCUUUUCUGUUUCUGCUUAUGAUUCACAGCGAGCAACGACACCACCACUGCCGGCCCCAGGUGCUGCUACGCUGAUGGCACUUCCGACAGUUAUGGAGGGUCCAGCAGCAGAGAUUGAAAAGCCUCCGAUCUCUGUCGCAAGUCCUCCCGUCGACGAGGUAACGGAGAGGAUCGUGGGAACGCUGUCGUCGCUCUUGCAACUGACGAGCAAGCAAGUGAUGAAGAAGAUCGAGCGGACGAGGGCGUCACGCUGUCAGGGACGGCCGUAUUACCAGAAACUUCCCCAGACGCCCAAGAACGAGAGGGAAGUCACCUGUCCUGCUCGCCACGCUGACGUCACAUCGCGCCACCACGCCGGCCGCGCGAUCGCGAGGGCGGUGGCGGGCACGCCGGAACACGAGGCAGCUUCACUUUUGCGGCGCGCUUGAUAGGGAUCGGUCGAUAUCGGAUUUCGCGGAUUCGUACUUACGCACUUAGGUUACCUAGGUUUAGGCUAAUCAUAUUCUUAUAACGUUGAUUUCAUUAAAUUUAAUUGUUGUUGAUCGUUUUUCGUAUUUUCUUACCCUGA